AAAACAUAUGAAGUUUUGAUAUCCGUGUUUGUAGUUCUUCCCGUAAUUUUGUUACUUCACUGGCUUUGGACACGAAGAAAUAUAUAUAAGUGCGGUCUAAGUUUUCCGAUAUUAUUUGGUUACCCAAUAAAUGGUUCAUUAUACAAACUAAGAAAUGUGAACUGUAAGCAAUAAAUGUUAUUCAUAUUUUUUUUAAUAUAUUAACAUAAUUUUAUUUGAGCUAUAAUAAGUGCGAUUGGUCAUACUUUGAAAUACUGCAAAAACGGUACAGUCUGCUUUUGGGCAGGAUUCUUUCCAGUCAUAUUGACAGCAGAUCCAGAUAUUGUAUCAAAUGUUUUGCGCUCUCAAGAAUUUCUUAACAAAGCAGAAACGAUAUAUUAUUAUGUUAGCGUUUUAAUAAAGAAUGGGCUCCUUACAAGUCCAGCAACUGAAUGGGUCCAUAAACGUAAAAUGAUUAAUCCCUGUUUUUCAAAUAAUGUACUUGUAAGCCUGUUUCCAAUAUUUAAUAAAGCAAAAGACGAUCUAAUAGAAAGAUGUGCUGCUCUAAUAGACAAUAAAAAUCAAAAAAUUUUAAAUAUGAUACAAACAUUGACUGUAGCUAUGAGCGCAGAAACGACUAUGGGUAAAGCGAUGCACAAAGAUGAACAGGUAUCGGAAGAUUUAAUAAAUGUAUUUUCCUUUUUAAUGAAAUUUACAACGAUUCAAGCAUUGAUGUCAUUUUUUAAACUGGGUUUUAUGUUAGAGUUCUAUUCGAAAUUACAGAAAGGAAAGGAAGAACUAUGGACGUUCGUUGAUAAAUUAAUUCAAGCUAAGCUUAAUAAAUGUACUAACAAAAACAAAACGGAAUCAAGUCUUGUUAAUACCAAAAAUAUAGAUGCUGUACUUUCCAUACGGAAAGAGCCAAAAAUAUUUAUUGAUCAAGCUAUAAAACUGUAUGAAAAUCAACAAUUUACACGGAAUGAUAUAAUUAAAGAAUCAAAUACAAUUGUAGCAACUUCCUUUGAAACAACGGCUAAUGCUAUUUACUCUACUCUCAUUAUGUUGGCUAUGCAUCCAGAUAUACAACAACGUUUAUUUGAGGAAAUCUUGGAUGUGUUUCCAGAAAAAGACUUUUAUAUUCAAUGCGAUCAAUUAAGUCAAUUGCCAUAUUUGGAACUCGUGAUAAAUGAAACACUUCGCCUAGCUCCUUCAUUUCCAUUAAUAGGACGUGAAGCUAUGAAAGAUACACAAAUCGGAGAAAACUUUUUUCCCAAAGGUAUUCAGGUUUUCAUUUCAAUAUAUCAUCUUCAUCGACGGACUGAUAUUUGGGGUCCAAAUGCAGAUGAAUUUGAACCGGAGCGUUUCUCAGUUGAAAAUUAUGGAAAAAAGCAGAAAAAUGCUUAUAUUCCAUUCUCGAAAGGACCUCGAAACUGCAUUGGAAGGCGAUAUGCUAUGUUUUCAAUGAAAGUUCUACUAUGUGGACUCGUAAGAAACUAUAAAUUUGAAACUGACUUUAAAUUUGAAGAUCUGAGAUGUACCCAAAAAUUAUCAUUGAGGUAUAUAGUGGAACCAGAAUUAAGAUUAUAUAGGAGAUCAUAAGGUAUUAUAAAAUAAUUUGAUUUGUAUAUUGGUUGUGUAUGUGAGAUCUCGAAUGUGAUAGUUUCAGUUCGCAUAAACUAAGUCUUUAUAUUGGGUUUAAUUGAAAAUUAAACUAAAUGAUGCACGCUUUUCCUAAAUACAUUGUAAAUUGUUUGACUCUCUGCAUAAUGAAGCUAGA